AUGCCAAUUGAAGAUAAAAAUGGCAAAUUACUCGUGAAUUCAGCUGAUCAGUUGGAACGUUGGCGUGAGUAUUUUUGUGAAUUGCUCAAUGUUAGUUCAACUGUUGAUCCAUGCGUAAUUAAUGAAAUUAAGAUAACAACACCAUCAAGGCCUCGUAGUAUUGGAAUACGAAAAAGAUGGGAAGAUACAGUUAUGCUCGAUAUUGAAGCACUUCAAAUUAGAAAUUGGAGAAGUCUAACUCAGGAUAGAGAUAGAUGGCGAACAGCAAUUAACAGAAAUGUACAAACUAAAGCAGUACAUAACAACAUCAAAGAAAUUGUAUUUCAAUAUAAACAACGAGCAGUGAAACGGAAAGCAAAAGAACGUGCAGAAGCACAGGGAGUGGUACAACGAAAAGUUACAGAACUGUUAAUGAAAGACAACCAUAAUCACUACAAAUGUCCUGGUUGUGUUAAAAAGUAUAAACCUCAAGGUAUCACGAACCACGUAAAAGCGUGUAUUAAAGCAAGAGAUUGGUGUAAAAAGAACAAAAUUGGAUAACAAAGCAGCAAAUUGAAGAACACCUAUUGGAACUGGAACUGAGAGAACAA